AUGUUUCGCUUCCAACCCGCACGCACUCUCCAGCGUCUCACACGCACCGCCCGCCCUUCAGCCCUCACUCCUCGCUUCAUCAGCAUAUCGCCCGCCCGAUUCGCCGCAAAAGAUUCACAAGACAAAGAUUCGCUAAACCCAACAUCGACCGAGUACUCAAAGUCCGGGUCAGAUGACGCAGCCGCCAGCUCAGACGCCGCAUUCAACCCCAAGAAGACCAGCCCUGAAGAAGCCGAGGCCACUGCGGAGAGGGAAGCAGGAGGCAAGGACAACUCUUUGAAUGCAAGCCCAGGUAACAAGGACAUUAGCGAGCCAAACGACCCCGGUGCCGGAGGAGUUGGUGCGCCGAGCAGGAAGGGUAGUGGUGGUGGAAGUGCGCCAAAGAGCGGCGGCGGCUCGAGCGGUUGA